GUUUCCGGUUUUGAGAAAAUGAUUACAAACUAUACAAUAUAAGCUAAUAAAGGAAAAUGAAUGCUCAAAACUUUAGAUUAUGUGAAAAACUAGUAUCCCCUGCAUACGUGAAACAAGCUGAAGAAGCAAGAAAAUCGCACGAGACAAAAAUACGGAUACUGUUAGAACAGAGGAAAUGGCCAGAAGAAGGCUGGGAGGAUGGUGUGAUUGAACUCAUGCUUGAUGAACUGGCCCUCAUGGACAGUAACAACUUUCCAGGCAAUUGUGGAGUAGGAGAAAGAGAAGCUAGAGUUGUGAGCAAACUGGUUCAACAGAGACAUUACAGACUAGGUCAUGGUAUAGGUAGAUCUGGGGAUAUUGCGGCCAUUCAACCUAAAGCUGCAGGAUCAAGUGUAUUGAUGAAAUUAACAAACUCAAUGGUAUUAGAUCUACUUAAAAUCACAGGGGUCCCUAAUGUGAAGGCCUGCUUCCUAGUUCCCAUGGCAACUGGGAUGAGCUUGGUCUUGUGUAUGUUGACUCUACGUCAAUCACGUCCUAAAGCACGAUAUGUAAUCUGGCCCAGGAUAGAUCAGAAAUCUUGCUUCAAAUCAAUUCUAACAGCAGGGUAUGAACCUGUCGUCAUUGAAAACAAGCAGGUUGGAGAUGAACUGCAAACAGAUGUGGAAGCAAUUGAACAAAAAAUCAAUGAACUUGGAGCUGAAAAUAUUCUCUGUGUAUUGACAACAACCAGUUGUUUUGCACCAAGGAUUCCAGACAGACUUGAAGAAGUAGCAAAGUUAUGCUCAAAGUACAGUGUUGGCCACAUAGUGAAUAAUGCUUAUGGUGUACAGUCAACAAAAUGUAUGCACCUUAUUCAUCAGGCAUCUCGAGUUGGAAGAUUAGAUGCAUUUGUUCAAAGCACAGAUAAAAAUCUAUUGGUUCCAGUAGGUGGCGCUAUAAUAGCUGGCUUUGAUAUAACAUUCAUUGAGACUGUCAGCAAAACAUAUCCAGGCCGUGCAUCUGCAUCUCCAUCCAUAGAUGUAUUUAUUACUUUGCUCUCACUGGGACAACAUGGCUACAAGAGAUUACUAGCAGAGAGGAAACAACUUUACAAAAAUAUGCAGGAACAGUUGAGGAAGUGUGCAGAGAAACAUGGAGAACGUUUGCUGGAUAUUUCACAUAAUCCUAUAUCAAUGGCAAUUAGUUUAAAGUGUGAAACACCAGUCAGUAAUGUUACAGAAUUGGGGUCAAUGCUUUUCACCAGAUAUGUAUCAGGAACAAGGGUGGUGAACUGUACAGAAACCAAGGAGAUAGGAGGUCACAAAUUCAUUGGAUUUGGUUCCCAUGCCAACAGUUACCCAUGUGCCUAUCUAACAGCUGCAGCAGCCAUUGGUGUAACACAAACAGACAUUGAUCUCUUCAUUAAGAGACUUGAUAAAGUUAUGGGAAAGUGGAAAGCACCAAAUGUGAGGAAUAAAGUCGACACGGUUUCUGAUGAUAUGGAUAAAGUUGAAUUAAAUGGUGAUGUCUCAGACACUGCAAAGGAAUUAGAUGAGAAAAGCUAGUAUAUCUUAUGCACAGCUCACAAAUGU